AUGGGCAGCAUCUCCAACCCGGCCGCCACGGCGCUGCCGUACUGGCAAGUCAACGUUCCCUCGGAGCGCCGCAUGGACGAGUGCCCAGAGGGCCUCCGCAACCUCUCGGCCAAGGACGUGGGGAUCCUGAGUACGCCCGACGCGGCCUACCGUCCGCAGACGUGGGACGAGGUCCGGCGCCUCGUCGAGACGAACCGCCUGGACCUCUUCCAAAGGGUCCCCAGCGAGCUGAGGCGCUACCGGCUCUUCAUCCACCACCUCAUCCUGGAGCACGGGAGUGUCAUGGAUUUCGUGCUGAAACAGCGGCUGCGGUGGGAGGAGCCGUUGCGGCCUGUUGGUGAGAGGCCGUUUGAGGAGGGGACGGAUUUCAAGAUUUUGUAUAAUGAUUGGCCGUACGGGAUCGAUGGGCGGAUCGUGCACCUUGUAGUCUGGACCAAAUUUGAGUUGGAGGAGAACCCGGCGACGGGCGAUUUGACGGAGAGGGCGAGGGAGGACAUUGAUCAGUUCGUGGAUAGAACGUUUCGGGCGAGGACGAAGCCUGGCACGGUCAUUUGGUUCAAAAAUUGGCGGAGUCUCAAGUCCGUUCACGCGGUCGAGCAUUUCCACGCCAUGCUCUUCGACCCCGACCCUGCGUUCAUUCGGGAGAUCACCAAUGGCGAUGUUCCGCAAUGCGAGAAGUUUGAGGCAUGA